AUGACAGAUUUCAAAGACGAUGUUGACCGCGCGAUCCCAGCGGACAUUUUUGACGACUUUACUUGCGUAGAAGAUGCUCAAUUCCGACAGCAAUAUCGACGAGAACGAACAUCUAGCGCAGAGGCUAACGUGAUCAAGGAGGAGGUCGAAGCCUUCUCCGCGGAAGAAAGAGUCAUUGAAACUAGCUUUCGAAGGAUAAAGAAGCUAGAUCGCAUUCUCGAACAGACUUUACAAAGAGAAAAAGAGGUGCGUUAUAGCAUUCUUCAGUUGCCCGGGAAGGUGAAUCUUUGA